GACUGUAUAAGGCAUAAGGAGAUCGAACUCUAUACGAAAGUUACUAGAAAACUGUUAGCAAAAUCAUAGCGUUGUUUUGAGCGUUGUUUAUUAUUUUGUAAAGUGUCUUUGGCUAUUGCAUUCGUAGAUCUAAGUCUUUGUUUUAGUUCGUGAGCGUAUGUGUCAUAAGUAUAGUUAGGUUCGGGUGGUAGUGUAAGUGACGUAGGUAGUUCUGCUUGUCUUCCGUACAUUAAUUCGUAGGGCGUAAAACCUGUCGCUGUAUGUGGCGUAGUGUUGAACGUAAACAUUGCAUAUGGUAACCAAUCGUCCCAAUUAGCUUGAUUCUCGUUAAUAAAGUUUUUGUUAUGAUACAGUUAACAUUUGUAUAAAGAGAAACGUCCUUUUGGAGAUAUAAAUGAAAGCCGAACUAUUCGAGUGGAAAAGCAAAAAGAGUUACGUAGAAAUCGGAGGGAUAAAAUAUUUGGAGAAAACAGGAAUGAAUUUACUUCAUCGACAUCACAGAACUUGGGUUCAUAAAACUGUGUAUAUAAAAUCUCGGUAUAAACACGUGCAAAAAGGCUCUUACAAUGGAAAAUUGAACGCAAGGAACGUAAACGGAUGGAACAAAUGAAGAAAAGGCGUCCGUUUGUUGUUGGUGUAGUACACCAUAAAUUAUAAUCGCCAGGGACCAAAGAUAUUCCGAAAGUUAAAAAACCACCUACACUUCCGAAAAGAGUUACGAGAGCCACCCUCAAAAGAUUGAUGUUGAAAACUCAACAAACAAAACAAGUAUCUCAAGAAGAAAGUAAAAAGAAAGAGGAGAAUUCCUUUGUUUCAGCUAAUUAUAAAUUUAAGGUUCCAGCAGGAUUGAAGCAAGAGCUUUUAUUUGGACAAGUUGACACACAUAGUUUGACAGCCAGUGUAGUAAGUAAAAAUAGCAGCACUACAAAAUUUAUAAAGGAAGAAAUUGCAUCAGCAACAAUUAAUAAGAAAGAUAAUAAGAAUUCCUCAGAAAAGAGCUCAAAUGAAUCUUUUACAUUAAAUGUAUCAUCCAAUGAAGAUAUAAAUGACACAAAUGAAGCUACCAUAUCUGAUAAAGAUAGUAAUGAGUAAAAAAAAGAAGAAUGAUGAAUCACUUAAUAAUAAUAUUAAAGAACCAAAUAAACAAUUUAAUAAUAGUAUUAAAGAAGUUGAUACAAUACUUGAUAACAAUGCUAAAAGUGCACUGUCUUCCACAAACAAUAAUACACUGACACCUGCAAAUUCUAAUUCUUUUAGCGAACCAGUUCUCUAUUCCCCAUAUGUAGUCUCCAGUCGUGGAAAAAGUAAUGCUAGAAAAGAGCAACAGUUGAAACGUGGUUUCAGUCUAGGCUCUAUGUGUAGCGAUGAUAUUCCUACAAAAGAUAACGUAAUAAAGAAUUUGAACAUUUCAAUUGAAGAGGAAGAACGCACUGCACAGUAUUUCCAGUUUCUCCUAAACAAAGAAAUAGAUAGAUUGAACGAAUUAUGCAUAAAAUGGGAACAAGUAAAAACAGAAUCCAAUAUCAUGGAAGAUGCGCAAUACCAAAUUAAUCAAGCUGUUGGACAAACCAAUUUGCUAAUAAGCAAAAAGUUUGAAAGAUUUCGUGGUCUAGUUUCCGAUUGCGAAACAGGAAAAGGACAAAUGUUAGUCACGUGUAGAGAGUUACAAGGAUUCUGGGAUACGAUGUAUAUGGAGGUAAAGAAUUGCGAUUCACGCUUUGAAAAAUUAAAACAACUUCGGUCACAAAACUGGGUAGAAGAAUAGGCAGCUACAGUAUUUAAACCUUCUAUUGCCAAGAAAAAUACCAUGAGAAAGAAAGCAGUGCUUGGAAAAUCAAGUGCAGUCAGAGCAUUUUUAACAAAUGAACAUGAACUGAAUAAAAACAGUCCUAAUGUAAAAUGUAGACCAAGAAGAUCUGUAUCAGUUCAUCUGAACAACAAGAAACUUACACCUAUCAAAAGUGAUAGAACAAGUCUGUCAGAGAAAGUGAUAUCCAAAGUGAAAAGACUUUCAAAUUCUUUAGCUGUAAUUAAAGUAAGUAAUUUGGGUAAAAUACCAGAGGUGUGCGGUACAAAAUCUUAUUUUAAUUCUACACAGACACCAGGAAAAAGUGUAUUGAAACAAAGAAAGGAUUUUAAUGACAUCGACCCCCAUACAAAGGUAACACAUAAAGUUUAUUUUGAUGACAGUAUAGUACUAAAUGAAAUUCCAAUUGACGAAGAAACAUAAACAAAAACGAGUUUAGCCGCAGCAUUGGCUAGAAUAGAUAGUAUCAACUUUUAUUAUCCUGAAGAUAAUAUAUCAUUUCAUGCUGAAAGAAAACUAAUUUUUAAUGAUGAUAGUAUCGAAGACACUGACGAUGUGUUUAAUGUUAAAGAUUCUACAUGUAAAAUCCACAUUGUAGCAGAACCUCCGACACCAUUACAAGGAAUGCAAUUCAGUAAUAAUUCAAAUACAUUGCCAAAAAUAAAAUUGAAAAGAUAAAAUGCUUUUAAUGAAAAUAACCAAUCAUUUAAUAAAAGUGAAUCACUGGAUAUUACAAUUUCUCUACCACCUAACGAAAGUGGAGAUGUUAAAAAUUCAGAUAAACAAAAACUGAAGAAGCAAAUUUCUAUAAACAUUGGAGAGGAAACAGAUAGGUCAGAUAAAAAUGUUCAAGUCCUGAGAAGUAUUAUCUUAGUCAACACACCUACACCUAGAAGAAGCUCUUCAAGGAAAUUGUCUAUGAAUGUGACAAAAUCAGAGCAUAAAUAAAAUAAAACACCUGUAGAAAAUCAAAGGAAAAGUUUUCUGAAUCUUGAUAACAAAAAUGAUAACAAGAUAAAUACAGACAUAGAUUUACACAUUAGCAUGCAUAAUAUGAACCUGUCUAAAAAAAGUCACAAAAGAAUAUCUAGGAGAAAGAGCGUUAAAUUUUCUGAGGGAGAUUGCAGUGGUUGUAUAAUUAAUAAACCAGUACAUCCUGUAACUCCUCAGACGGAGUAGAGUAGAGUUUAAUAAAAAGGAAAAGGAAUACAUUAAUAAGUUUUUAGAAGAUUAAAAGAGAAGAAAACACAAAUGGUAACUUUAAUAGCGUUGAGAAAGAAGUAAAAGGUAGAACUCACACAUUUUAUCAGGUAUUAAUUGACCAAAGGGAUUGUCCUUACAUAGUAUAUGUGUCCAAACUGAAGCUGCAACAUUUUUGGGUAACCAUGAAAGUAGUCGCAGUUUCUAUGCAAUACCAGGAUUAGACUAUGUAGCUCACGAAGAUGUUUUACCUUACACUACGAAUGAGAAGAGUGCAUUGCAACAUGAACUUUUUGAUAAAUUUUUAAUAUACCAUCCAAAUCCAGCAAAAAAAGAAUCACCCAUGGUUAGAAUUAUCAGAUGUAGAGGAAGUCAAACAACAGCUGUACAUUGGUGGCGGUGCUGCAUCCGUUUAGAAAAUUUGAGUAAUUUGAGUGUACAAUUACGUGAAAGACAUUGGAGAAUAUUCAGUUUCUACAGCACAUUGGAGAGCGUCAGAGGAAGAGGUGUGGUUGGUCAAGAACCUAUUUUAUCAA